AUGGAGAAGAAAGGAGAAGGGUUCUACACCUCUAGUUCGAAAAAAACCCCAGAGGAUCCCAACAGAAAACAAAAGCAUGGAGAAAGCAAAGAGAAGGGUUCUACACCACUAGUUCGAACAAAACCCCAGAGGAUCCCAACGGAAAACAAAAGCAUCGAGAAAGCAAAGAGGCUUUGGUUUCAAGUUUCGGAGGGAGUGCAAAGAAAAAAGAUAGGAACUGUAGAGACUAGGGCAUCCUCAGACAGUUUAGGAUCUACCGAUUUCUUAAAGAAAUAG